UCAACCGACCCUGUUCCAGGUAUAGCUGAAGAAAAUGCUGAAGAUAUUGAGGAGUUCACAUAAUGACCUUCGCAUAGCCACUGGACUCUUGAGGAAAUAUACAAAAUGUGCUUACUCUACUGGUGCUGUAAAGAGCCUGAAAGAUGGUCCUGGUCUGAAAGAGUUCAUCACAAGCAGUAAUAUCCAUGAUAUUGAGACUUUGGGUGCUGGGGAUGAUGACCCUGUACCUUAUCUCAGCAGUACUGAUACAGAUGGAGGGGGUCGGAAAGUGUAUUUUGAGACGUAUGGUUGUCAGAUGAAUGUUAAUGACACAGAAGUUGCCUGGUCCAUUCUCGAGAAUGUGGGCUACAUCAAAACAUCAGAUCCAAACUCAGCGGAUGUCAUUCUAGCAGUUACAUGUGCAGUGAGAGAUAAUGCUGAACAGAAGGUGUGGUCUAGACUGGACUACUUUAGGAGCCUCAAGAGAAAGAGGUCAGGUGAACUAGCUCUAAAGGUGGGGGUGCUGGGAUGUAUGGCAGAGAGACUGAAAACUAAGCUCCUAGAGACUGACAAAAUGGUGGACCUUGUGGCAGGCCCUGAUUCAUACAGAGACUUACCCCGAUUACUUUCCAUCACUCAGUCAGGGCAAUCCGCAGUGAAUGUGCUACUUUCACUGGAUGAGACUUAUGCUGACAUAAUGCCAGUCAGAAUAAACUCUGAGACUCCAUCAGCAUUUGUCUCAAUAAUGAGGGGCUGUGACAACAUGUGCAGUUUUUGCAUCGUUCCAUUCACCCGCGGCAGAGAGCGAAGCAGGGACAUUAACACCAUCGUCAGAGAGGUCAAGGCUCUCUCAGAACAGGGGGUGAAGGAGGUGACUCUCUUGGGUCAGAACGUGAACAGCUAUCGAGACCUCUCUCCCAGCUCCCUCCCGCACGCCUACUCAGACUCCACCCUCCUCAGUCGAGGAUUCUCAACCAUAUACAAGGAUAAGGAGGGUGGUCGGAGGUUUGCCGAGCUGCUCCAUCAGGUCUCACUGGUUGACCCGGAGAUGAGAGUCAGGUUUACUUCCCCUCACCCCAAAGAUUUCCCUGACGAGCUUCUCUACCUUAUCAGAGAGCAGCCCAACAUCUGCAAACAUAUCCACAUGCCUGCUCAGAGUGGAAGCACGGCUGUUUUGGAGCGCAUGCGUAGGGGUUAUUCCAGGGAAAAGUACCUCGACCUUGUACAGAAUAUCAGAGCCAUAAUACCAGAUGUGACCUUGUCUAGUGACUUCAUGACUGGGUUCUGUGGUGAGACAGAGGAGGACCACAGAGACACACUUACUCUCAUGGAAGCUGUCCAGUACGACAUGGCUUACAUGUUUGCCUACAGCAUGAGAAAGAAAACCCAUGCUUACCACCGGAUGACAGAUGAUGUUCCUGAGGAAGUUAAAAAGGCUCGGCUGCAGGAGCUUAUCACAACAUUCCACUCCAUUGCAGCUGUUCGUAACCAACGCUUUAUUGGCAGCGAGCAACUUGUCCUUGUGGAGAAGACUAGUAAGCGUUCUAGUACAGAUUUCGCUGGUCGAAUAGAUGGCAACAUUAAAGUUGUGUUCCCUAUCAAGGAUGUACCAUGCCACAUGGCAUCGCAUGACUCUCACACAAGACAGGUGAAAAUAAAACCUGGUGACUACGUCCAUGUAAAGAUCAACAGUGCCACGUCGCUGUCAUUGAGGGGAAUUCCCAUUGCCUGUACCAACCUACAGUUCUACAACCAAACAUAGUAACGUUAACUCAUUUCUGAAUGUGUUGUGUUUAUACAUGUAUAAUAUCAUUCUGAAGUUGUUAACUCAAUGAAAUACCUACUACAAUCA